UGAAUUGGGAGAUGAGUGGUAAGCAUGCGCAUGCAUAAAAUUGGAGAAUUAUAAUUCAAAUUAUGCACAAUCUUCAGGGUAUGUAAUAAGGCAUGCUGCUCGAGCAAGUGUUAAUUCAAACUCUCACAAGCAUUCAAACAUCAUCACCUCCAGUAUCUCAAUACGAAAAUCUCUUCAGAAUUACCAAUCAGAACUCAUAAAAUGGUGCUCAAACUCUAUGGUAUGACUCGAGCAACUUGCACUCAGCGAGUACUCACUGUACUCGCUGAGAAAAACAUCGACUACGAGCUCAUCUCUGUGAAUAUCUUACAGGGAGAGCAGAAGCAGCCUUCAUAUCUUGAGAAACACCCUUUCGGGAAGAUCCCCUUACUCGACGAUGAUGGUUUCUUGAUUUAUGAGAGCAGAGCCAUAUGCAAAUAUCUUGCACGAAAGUACGCUGAUAAGGGUACGGAGCUUAUUCCCGCCGACGGAGAUUUAAAAGCCUAUGGGCUACUCGAACAAGUAGGUUUUAUAGUGGAUAUGUGAGUGACCUUUAACAAAGCGAACUAACACCUUACUAGGCUUGCUCAUUGGAACAGUCUUACUUCGAUGUUGGUAGCUUUGGUCUCUGGUUUGAACAUUUCAUCAAGCAGUAAGCUUCUUAUAGUCCGAUUUCAUGCUGGAAAGACGAAUACUGACCAAAGGCAGAGCGAAAGGAUUGGGCGCCCCCAACCCGGAAGCUGUUCAACAACAUCUCCAGGCACUCGAAAAUACUAUCGCUGUAUACGACCAAAUACUCUCGAAGCAAAAGUAUCUCGCAGGAGAUAAACUCACUUUGGCGGAUUUGUACCAUUUGCCACAUGGUACGCAGGCAUUGACAUGGGGCCUACAAGACAUACUUGGAAAGUAUCCUCACGUGAACAGGUGGUGGGAGGGACUUCAAGCUAGAGAAAGCUGGAAAGGAGUAGUUGCAGCCGCUGUAUAAAUUUAUCAUGUGCUUUUGCUGUGGUAUAUGAUUGUCAAAAGCCAGCCAGCCAUUUUAAUGGUUUGAGGUUGCAUGCGUUCAAGUCGUACGAAAUACUAGCACUACCACUGAU